UGCUAGUGCUGAUCACUUAGCUCUGCUUACCCAAGGCAGACCAGAGCUGCUGGCUCCCUGCACACAUUGUGCCAGCCCAGGACCACACAGGUAUUGAAGUGAUCUCUCCAACAGCAACACAGACAGAUCAGCUUUGCAAAAUUCCCUUCCUGUUGUCCCCAAAACCGUGAGGACUCAUUAUUGCUGUAUGAUAUUUUGAUCCUCAUGCAAACAUCCGUGCAGAUCGAGCCAGCAAGGUUUUGUAGAAAGUAGCUAACGCAACAAGCCAAGAUGGAGGAGGAGGAUACACGAGAAGUUUUGCUACCUAACUGGAAAGGCAGCGGGUCUAUGGGCCUGACCCUAGACCAGAAUGACGAAGGAGUGUUUGUAAAACAAUUAGUGGAGAACUCACCGGCUGCCAAAACCGGAGUUGUUAAAGAAGGUGACCAGAUUGUGGGUGCAACAGUCUAUUUUGACAAUAUGUCAUCGGAGGAUAUUCAGAAGGUGCUGGCGACCGUCGGGCAUCACACAGUUGGUCUCAAGCUACAGAGGAAAGGUGACCGAUCCCCUCUGCCCGGCGCAACCUUUUCACAUGACGUCUUCAGCCUGAAAAGUCCAGAUGUUGUUCUGAGUGGUGAUGAUGAGGAAUACAGACGAAUUUAUGCAAAAAAGAUUAAACCACGUCUGAAGUCAGAUGAGACUCUGGAACCAGAGACUCAGACAAGGACCAUCACAGUUACAAGGAAAGUGACCGCUUACACUGUCGAUGUGACAGGAGCAAAAGACUCAAAAGAAAUUGACAUAAGCAGUCCUGAAUAUAAAAUCAAGAUGCCUCGUCAUGAAAUAACUGAGAUAUCUAAAACCAGUGUGCAGACUGAUGAGAGUAAAACGGUUAUCCGAAUUCCUGGUAUUGAUAUGUCCAGUAAAAAUCAGGCAGGAAGAGAAUACCUGCCAAGUGACUCUGUGAACAUCCACAGUAACACUGUGAGGUACCAUGAACAUGGCAAAGGACAAAUUGAGUUUCCUGAAGGCUACAGUGAUGCUGCUGGAAGUGUCCAAACUGGCAGCACUUCUUCGUUAAGCAUCAAUUUGCCUGGUGUAAAGAAAUUUGAAAAGAAAUUUGAGAUGAGGACAUCUAGAAUUGAAACCGAGCACGAUGAUAGGUUUAAAGGCCUCAAUGUUGCUGGAAGUUCCUCUAUAGACAUUGGCCUAACAGACCCUAACUUUGCUAGGGUGCCCAAACAGGACACAACAUCAAUAACCUCUAAACGUGACUUCCAGUCAUCUGGUGUGAAGAUCAGGGGUCCUCAAUUUGACAUUAAGAAUGCAGAAGGAAUUAAAAUGGAAGCUGCAGCCCUUAGUGAAAUACCAGCAAAUAUUACAACUAGAGAAACCCACUCUUCAACUAUAACUGGAGAUAUUAAGACACAUGAAAAAAAUCGACUCCCUUUGGACACCAGUUGUGGGUCAGUGAAAAUAGGACUUCCAUCGUUUCAAAUGCCAAAGUCUGGUUCCUUGGAAUCAAAGCUUGACAGAACAUAUACUCAGACAACCUUGAUUCAAGAUGGGAAUGUCCAUGAAAAACCACAGUUGAACCUCAUUCCAAAAUCAGUUGAAGGAGAAGCCACUACUGCAAAAAUAAGCCUGAAUAGUCAGGAUGUGAAAGGAACAGAUGUUAACUUAGACAGUUCUGGGGGAAAGAUACACAUACCAUCUUUUAAAAUGCCAAACUUUGGUGUCCUGGGAACAAAUGAAGGGAUAUCAGAAACUGGUAUUGAACUUUCUGGAAAAUCUGUUUACACAAACACAACAGAGGGUAAGACUAGUGUUAAACCGCCUGGUAUCGAUGGAUUUAAGCUAGAAAAAGAUUUCCAAAGUUCUGCAUCUACCAACAUAAAUAUUAAAGGUCCUCAUUUAGGUUUGCAGGAAACUGUGAACUUGCCAAAUGAGUCCUUGGAUUUUAAAGGUGCCUUGUCAAACACUGUUUUGAAAGGUUCAGAGGCAAAUAUAAAAAUGCCCAAAUUUAAAAUGCCAAAAUUUGGAAUUGCAGAAUCCAAUUUACAAGGUCCUGGUGUAGAUGUGAACAUUGCCAAACAAAACAUUGACCUGUCUGGUACAGACCUUGAUAUGAAUAUUGGUAACCUAAGCAGUGAUUUAAAAGGCCCUAGUCUGAAAAUAGAAUCAAUAAAGUCCAACUUGCCAAAAGUGUCAGUGCCAGAUAUUGGUGCUAAUAUCAAAGGUCCUAAAAUAGGAGGCAUUGAGGGGUCAGGAGGGAAACUUAAAGGCCCUAAUUGUGAAAAACCCAGAGUCGAUAUAAAUUUACCAAAAGUGUCAAUGCCAGAUGUUGAUCUCCGUUUUAAACAUUCAAAAGCGGAGGGAGAUUUAAAAGAUGCCAGACUAGAUGUCAAAGGUCCAAAUAUCGAGCUUCAGGGUCCAGGUAUAGAUGUUGAUGGUAAAAUGGGAGGUUCCAAGUUUGGGGUGCCUUCAGUGCAACUUUCAAACAUGUCUGUGCCAGAAAUUGAUCUAAAAGGACCAAAACGAGAAAGUGAUUUGAAAGAACCUGACUUUAAUAUAAAGGGUCCAGAACUAGAUGCUCGUAUGCCUGCUGUUAAUUUAGAUGCUUCUGAUGUUAGUUUGGAAGGAAAAAUUAAAAUGCCAAAGUUUAAAAUGCCAAAGUUUGGUCAUUCUAAGCCACAAGUGGAAGGCCCAAAUGUAGAUCUGCCCACAGGAAACAUUGGCUUACCAGGUGCAAAUAUAGACAUCAAAGUUCCUGAAUUUAAUAUCAAGGAUCCAGAAGGGAAUUUGAAAGGUCCAAAGUUUGAAAUGCCUUCACUGGAUAUUGGUUUACCAAAGGUAUCUGUGGCUGAUGCUGAUCUGCACGUUAAAGGUCCAAAGUUGGAGGGAAAUUUGAAAGGUUCCAAAGGCACAGAAGUUGACUUUGAGGCUCCAGAUAUAGAUAUUGAUGGAAAGGUGAAAGGUCCCAAGUUCAAGUUACCAUCUAUGCCAAAAAUGUCAAUGCCUGAUAUUGAUUUUAAUAUGAAAGGUCCUAAAGUAGAAGGAGAUUUAAAAGGUCCCAAAGUUGAAGGCAAAGGCCCAAAAGUUGACCUUGAGGCUCCAGAUGUAGAUAUUGAUGGGAAAGUAAAAGGUCCCAAGUUCAAGUUACCUUCAAUGCCAAAAAUGUCAACGCCUGAUAUUGACUUUAAUAUGAAAGGUCCUAAAAUAGAAGGAGAUUUUAAAGGUCCAAAAGUUGAAGGCAAAGGUCCAAAAGUUGACCUUGAGGCUCCAGAUGUAGAUAUUGAUGGGAAAGUAAAAGGUCCCAAGUUCAAGUUACCUUCAAUGCCAAAAAUGUCAACGCCUGAUAUUGACUUUAAUAUGAAAGGUCCUAAAGUAGAAGGAGAAUGGAAAGGUCCCAAAGCUAACAUUAAAGCCCCAGAACUAAGCAUUGAAGCUCCACAAGUAGAAUUAGAAGCACCAGAUGUCAAUCUGAAAGGCUCAGAAGGCAAACUGAAAAUGCCCAGAUUUAAAAUGCCCAAAUUUGGUGUCUCUGGUUCAACAGGUGAGGGUCCAGAUAUUGAUGCUAGCUUUCCUAAAGGAAGUAUCGAUAUAUCUGGUCCAAGUAUGGAUAUUCAGGCUCCCAAUGUAAACCUCAAGGGACCAGAAGGCAAAUUAAAAAGCCCGAUGAUUCAAAUGCCCUCAAUGAAUAUAGGCUUGCCAAAGGUAUCAAUGCCUGAUGCUGAUCUGAGUCUGAAAGGUCCUAAAAUAGAAGGAGAUUUUAAAGGUCCAAAAGUUGACAACACAUGUCCAAAAGUUGACCUUGACGCUCCAGAUGUAGAUAUUGAUGGUAAAGUUAAAGGUUCCAAGUUCAAGUUACCUUCAAUGCCAAAAAUGUCAAUGCCUGAUUUUGACUUAAAUUUGAAAGGUUCUAAAAUUGAAGGAGAUUUGAAAGGUGCCGAAGGUAACAUCAAAGGCCCAGAAGUUGACCUUGAAGCUCCAGAUGUAGAUAUUGAUGGUAAAGUAAAAGGAUCCAAGUUUAAGCUACCUUCAUUGCAUAUGGGAGAAAUGUCAAUGCCCGACAUUGACCUUAAUUUGAAAGGUCCUAAGAUAGGAGGUUUCAAAGUCCCUAAAGCUGACAUAAAGGCCCCAGAGCUAAAUGUUGAGGCUCCAGGAGUGGAAAUAGAUGCUCCAGAUGUCAAUUUAAAGGGCCCUGAAGGAAAAUUUAAAAUGCCCAAAUUUAAAAUGCCUACAUUUGGUGAUUCUGGUCUAAAAAUGGAAGGUCCAGACAUUGACACCAGUCAUCCCAAAGAAAGUAUUGAUAUAUCAGGUCCAAAUGUAGAUAUUCAGGCUCCUGGUGUAGACAUUGAGGGACCAGAGGGAAAAUUGAAAGGCCCCAAAUUCCAAAUGCCCUCAAUGAAUAUUGGUUUACCAAAGGUAACAAUGCCUGAUUUUGAUCUAAAUAUGAAAGGUCCUAAAAUAGAAGGAGAUUUAAAAGGUCCCAAAGUUGACAUCAAAGGCCCAAAAGUUGACCUUGAGGCUCCAGAUGUAGAUAUUGAUGGAAAAGUUAAAGGUUCCAAGUUCAAGUUACCUUCAAUGCCAAAAAUGUCAAUGCCUGAUAUUGACUUUAAUAUGAAAGGUCCUAAAAUAGAAGGAGAUUUGAAAGGCCCUCAAGUUGGCAUUAAAGCCCCAGAGCUUGAUGUUGAAGCUUCAGGAGUGGAAUUAGAAGCACCAGAUAUCAAUCUGAAAGGCCCGGAAGGAAAAUUUAAAAUGCCCAAAUUUAAAAUGCCCAAAUUUGGUUCUGGUCCAAAACUGGAGGGUCCAGAUAUUGAUGUUAGCCUUCCCAAAGGAAGUAUUGAUAUAUCUGGUCCAGAUGUAGAUAUUCAGGCUCCUGAUGUAGACAUUGAGGGACCAGAAGGCAAAUUGAAAGGCCCCAAAUUCCAAAUGCCCUCAAUGAAUAUUGGUUUACCAAAGGUAACAAUGCCUGAUUUUGAUUUAAAUCUGAAAGGUCCAAAGUUAGAAGGAGAUUUUAAAGGUCCCGAAGUAAACAUCAAAGGCCCAAAAGUUGACCUUGAAGCUCCAGAUGUAGAUAUUGAUGGUAAACUUAAAGGGUCCAAGUUCAAGUUACCUUCAAUGCCAAAAAUGUCAAUGCCUGAUUUUGACUUAAAUAUGAAAGGUCCUAAAAUAGAAGGAGAUUUAAAAGGUCCCAAAGUUGACAUCAAAGGCCCAAAAGUUGACCUUGAGGCUCCAGAUGUAGAUAUUGAUGGAAAAGUAAAAGGUGCCAAGUUCAAAUUACCUUCAAUGCCAAAAAUGUCAAUGCCUGAUAUUGACUUUAAUAUGAAAGGUCCUAAAAUUGAAGGAGAUUUGAAAGGCCCUCAAGUUGGCAUUAAAGCUCCAGAGCUUGAUGUUGAAGCUCCAGGAGUAGAAUUAGAAGCACCAGAUAUCAAUCUGAAAGGCCCAGAAGGGAAAUUUAAAAUGCCCAAAUUUAAAAUGCCCAAAUUCAGUGGUUCUGGUCCAAAACUGGAGGGUCCAGAUAUUGAUGUUAGCCUUCCCAAAGGAAGUAUUGAUAUAUCUGGUCCAGAUGUAGAUAUCCAGGCUCCUAAUGUAGACAUUGAGGGACCAGAGGGCAAAUUGAAAGGCUCCAAAUUCCAAAUGCCCUCAAUGAAUAUUGGUUUACCAAAGGUAACAAUGCCUGAUUUUGAUCUAAAUCUGAAAGGUCCAAAGUUAGAAGGAGAUUUGAAAGGUCCCGAAGUAAACAUCAAAGGCCCAAAAGUUGACCUUGAGGCUCCAGAUGUAGAUAUUGAUGGUAAAGUUAAAGGUUCCAAGUUCAAGUUACCUUCAAUGCCAAAAAUGUCAAUGCCUGAUUUUGACUUAAAUUUGAAAGGUCCUAAAAUUGAAGGAGAUUUGAAAGGUCCCGAAGGUAACAUCAAAGGCCCAGAAGUUGACUUUGAAGCUCCAGAUGUAGAUAUUGAUGGUAAAGUAAAAGGAUCCAAGUUUAAGCUACCCUCAUUGCAUAUGGGAGAAAUGUCAAUGCCCGACAUUGACCUUAAUUUGAAAGGUCCUAAGAUAGGAGGUUUCAAAGUCCCUAAAGCUGACAUAAAGGCCCCAGAGCUAAAUGUUGAGGCUCCAAGAGUGGAAAUAGAUGCUCCAGAUGUCAAUUUAAAGGGCCCUGAAGGAAAAUUUAAAAUGCCCAAAUUUAAAAUGCCUACAUUUGGUGGUUCUGGUGCAAAAAUGGAAGGUCCAGACAUUGACGCCAGUCUUCCGAAAGGAAGUAUUGAUAUAUCAGGUCCAAAUGUAGAUUUUCAGGCUCCUGAUGUAGACAUUGAGGGACCAAAGGGUAAAUUGAAAGGCCCCAAAUUCCAAAUGCCCUCAAUGAAUAUUGGUUUACCAAAGGCAACAAUGCCUGAUUUUGAUCUAAAUCUGAAAGGUCCAAAGUUAGAAGGAGAUUUGAAAGGUCCCGAAGCUAAAAUCAAAGGCCCAGAAGUUGACAUUGAGGCUCCAGAUGUAGAUAUUGAUGGUAAAGUAAAAGGUCCCAAGUUCAAGUUACCUUCAAUGCCAAAAAUGUCAAUGCCUGAUAUUGACUUUAAUAUGAAAGGUCCUAAAAUAGAAGGAGAUUUGAAAGGCCCUCAAGUUGACAUCAAAGGCCCAAAAGUUGACCUUGAGGCUCCAGAUGUAGAUAUUGAUGGAAAAGUAAAAGGUCCCAAGUUCAAGUUACCUUCAAUGCCAAAAAUGUCAAUGCCUGAUAUUGACUUUAAUAUGAAAGGUCCUAAAAUAGAAGGAGAUUUGAAAGGCCCUCGAGUUGGCAUUAAAGCCCCAGAGAUUGAUGUUGAAGCUCCAGAAGUAGAAUUAGAAGCACCAGAUAUCAAUCUGAAAGGCCCCGAAGGAAAAUUUAAAAUGCCCAAAUUUAAAAUGCCCAAAUUUGGUUCUGGUCCAAAACUGGAGGGUCCAGAUAUUGAUGUUAGCCUUCCCAAAGGAAGUAUUGGUAUAUCUGGUCCAGAUGUAGAUAUGCAGGCUCCUGAUGUAGACAUUGAGGGACCAGAAGGCAAAAUGAAAGGCCCCAAAUUCCAAAUGCCCUCCAUGAAUAUUGGUUUACCAAAGGUAACAAUGCCUGAUUUUGAUCUAAAUCUGAAAGGUCCAAAGUUAGAAGGAGAUUUGAAAGGUCCCGAAGUAAACAUCAAAGGCCCAAAAGUUGACCUUGAGGCUCCAGAUGUAGAUAUUGAUGGAAAAGUAAAAGGUCACAAGUUCAAGUUACCUUCAAUGCCAAAAAUGUCAAUGCCUGAUGUUGACUUUAAUAUGAAAGGUCCUAAAAUAGAAGGAGAUUUGAAAGGCCCUCAAGUUGGCAUUAAAGCCCCAGAGCUUGAGGUUGAAGCUCCGGGAGUAGAAUUAGAAGCACCAGAUAUCAAUCUGAAAGGCCCGGAAGGAAAGUUUAAAAUGCCCAAAUUUAAAAUGCCCAAAUUUGGUUCUGGUCCAAAACUGGAGGGUCCAGAUAUUGAUUUUAGCCUUCCCAAAGGAAGUAUUGAUAUAUCUGGUCCAGAUGUAGACAUUGAGGGACCAGAAGGCAAAUUGAAAGGCCCCAAAUUCCAAAUGCCCUCAAUGAAUAUUGGUUUACCAAAGGUAACAAUGCCUGAUUUUGAUCUAAAUCUGAAAGGUCCAAAGUUAGAAGGAGAUUUGAAAGGUCCCGAAGUAAACAUCAAAGGCCCAAAAGUUGACCUUGAGGCUCCAGAUGUAGAUAUUGAUGGAAAAGUAAAAGGUCACAAGUUCAAGUUACCGUCAAUGCCAAAAAUGUCAAUGCCUGAUAUUGACUUUAAUAUGAAAGGUCCUAAAAUUGAAGGAGAUUUGAAAGGCCCUCAAGUUGGCAUUAAAGCCCCAGAGCUUGAUUUUGAAGCUCCAGGAGUAGAAUUAGAAGCACCAGAUAUCAAUCUGAAAGGCCCAGAAGGGAAAUUUAAAAUGCCAAAAUUUAAAAUGCCCAAAUUUGGUUCUGGUCCAAAACUGGAGGGUCCAGAUAUUGAUGUUAGCCUUCCGAAAGGAAGUAUUGGUAUAUCUGGUCCCGAUGUAGAUAUUCAGGCUCCUGAUGUAGACAUUGAGGGACCAGAAGGCAAAUUGAAAGGCCCCAAAUUCCAAAUGCCCUCAAUGAAUAUUGGUUUACCAAAGGUAACAAUGCCGGAUUUUGAUCUAAAUCUGAAAGGUCCAAAGUUAGAAGGAGAUUUGAAAGGCCCCAAAGUUGACAUCAAAGGCCCAAAGGUUGACCUUGAGGCUCCAGAUGUAGAUAUUGAUGGAAAAGUAAAAGGUCACAAGUUCAAGUUACCGUCAAUGCCAAAAAUGUCAAUGCCUGAUAUUGACUUUAAUAUGAAAGGUCCUAAAAUUGAAGGAGAUUUGAAAGGCCCUCAAGUUGGCAUUAAAGCCCCAGAGCUUGAUGUUGAAGCUCCAGGAGUAGAAUUAGAAGCACCAGAUAUCAAUCUGAAAGGCCCAGAAGGGAAAUUUAAAAUGCCCAAAUUUAAAAUGCCCAAAUUUGGUUCUGGCCCAAAACUGGAGGGUCCAGAUAUUGAUGUUAGCCUUCCGAAAGGAAGUAUUGGUAUAUCUGGUCCAGAUGUAGAUAUUCAGGCUCCUGAUGUAGACAUUGAGGGACCAGAAGGCAAAUUGAAAGGCCCCAAAUUCCAAAUGCCCUCAAUGAAUAUUGGUUUACCAAAGGUAACAAUGCCUGAUUUUGAUCUAAAUCUGAAAGGUCCAAAGUUAGAAGGAGAUUUAAAAGGUCCCGAAGUAAACAUCAAAGGCCCAAAAGUUGACCUUGAGGCUCCAGAUGUAGAUAUUGAUGGAAAAGUAAAAGGUCCCAAGUUCAAGUUACCUUCAAUGCCAAAAAUGUCAAUGCCUGAUUUUGACUUAAAUAUGAAAGGUCCUAAAAUAGAAGGAGAUUUAAAAGGUCCCAAAGUUGACAUCAAAGGCCCAGAAGUUGACCUUGAGGCUCCAGAUGUAGAUAUUGAUGGAAAAGUAAAAGGUCCCAAGUUCAAGUUACCUUCAAUGCCAAAAAUGUCAAUGCCUGAUAUUGACUUUAAUAUGAAAGGUCCUAAAAUAGAAGGAGAUUUGAAAGGCCCUCAAGUUGACAUCAAAGGCCCAAAAGUUGACCUUGAGACUCCAGAUGUAGAUAUUGAUGGAAAAGUAAAAGGUCCCAAGUUCAAGUUACCUUCAAUGCCAAAAAUGUCAAUGCCUGAUAUUGACUUUAAUAUGAAAGGUCCUAAAAUAGAAGGAGAUUUGAAAGGUCCUCAAGUUGGCAUUAAAGCCCCAGAGCUUGAUGUUGAAGCUCCAGGAGUAGAAUUAGAAGCACCAGAUAUCAAUCUGAAAGGCAUGGAAGGAAAAUUUAAAAUGCCCAAAUUUAAAAUGCCCAAAUUUGGUUCUGGUCCAAAACUGGAGGGUCCAGAUUAUGAUGUUAGCCUUCCCAAAGGAAGUAUUGAUAUAUCUGGUCCAGAUGUAGAUAUUCAGGCUCCUGAUGUAGACAUUGAGGGACCAGAAGGCAAAUUGAAAGGCCCCAAAUUCCAAAUGCCCUCAAUGAAUAUUGGUUUACCAAAGGUAACAAUGCCUGAUUUUGAUCUAAAUAUGAAAGGUCCAAAGUUAGAAGGAGAUUUGAAAGGUCCCAAAGUAAACAUCAAAGGCCCAAACGUUGACCUUGAGGCUCCAGAUGUAGAUAUUGAUGGAAAAAUAAAAGGUCCCAAGUUCAAGUUACCUUCAAUGCCAAAAAUGUCAAUGCCUGAUUUUGACUUAAAUAUGAAAGGUCCUAAAAUAGAAGGAGAUUUAAAAGGUCCCAAAGUUGACAUCAAAGGCCCAGAGGUUGACCUUGAGGCUCCAGAUGUAGAUAUUGAUGGAAAAGUAAAAGGUCCCAAGUUCAAGUUACCUUCAAUGCCAAAAAUGUCAAUGCCUGAUUUUGACUUAAAUAUGAAAGGUCCUAAAAUAGAAGGAGAUUUAAAAGGUCCCAAAGUUGACAUCAAAGGCCCAGAGGUUGACCUUGAGGCUCCAGAUGUAGAUAUUGAUGGAAAAGUAAAAGGUCCCAAGUUCAAGUUACCUUCAAUGCCAAAAAUGUCAAUGCCUGAUAUUGACUUUAAUAUGAAAGGUCCUAAAAUAGAAGGAGAUUUGAAAGGCCCUCAAGUUGACAUCAAAGGCCCAAAAGUUGACAUUGAGACUCCAGAUGUAGAUAUUGAUGGAAAAGUAAAAGGCCCCAAGUUCAAGUUACCUUCAAUGCCAAAAAUGUCAAUGCCUGAUAUUGACUUUAAUAUGAAAGGUCCUAAAAUAGAAGGAGAUUUGAAGGGCCCUCAAGUUGGCAUUAAAGCCCCAGAGCUUGAUGUUGAAGCUCCAGGAGUAGAAUUAGAAGCACCAGAUAUCAAUCUGAAAGGCCCGGAAGGAAAAUUUAAAAUGCCCAAAUUUAAAAUGCCCAAAUUUGGUUCUGGUCCAAAACUGGAGGGUCCAGAUUAUGAUGUUAGCCUUCCCAAAGGAAGUAUUGAUAUAUCUGGUCCAGAUGUCGAUAUUCAGGCUCCUGAUGUAGACAUUGAGGGACCAGAAGGCAAAUUGAAAGGCCCCAAAUUCCAAAUGCCCUCAAUGAAUAUUGGUUUACCAAAGGUAACAAUGCCUGAUUUUGAUCUAAAUCUGAAAGGUCCAAAGUUAGAAGGAGAUUUGAAAGGUCCCAAAGUAAACAUCAAAGGCCCAAAAAUUGACCUUGAGGCUCCAGAUGUAGAUAUUGAUGGUAAAGUUAAAGGUUCCAAGUUCAAGUUACCUUCAGUGCCCAAAAUGUCAAUGCCUGAUUUUGACUUAAAUAUGAAAGGUCCUAAAAUAGAAGGAGAUUUGAAAGGCCCUCAAGUUGACAUCAAAGGCCCAAAAGUUGACCUUGAUGCUCCAGAUGUAGAUAUUGAUGGAAAAGUAAAAGGUCCCAAGUUCAAGUUACCUUCAAUGCCAAAAAUGUCAAUGCCUGAUUUUGACUUAAAUUUGAAAGGUCCUAAAAUAGAAGGAGAUUUCAAAGGCCCAGAAGUUGACCUUGAAGCUCCAGAUGUAGAUAUUGAUGGUAACGUAAAAGGACCCAAGUUUAAGCUACCUUCAUUACAUAUGGGAGAAAUGUCAAUGCCCAAUAUUGACCUUAAUUUGAAAGGUCCUAAGAUAGGAGGUUUCAAAGGCCCUAAAGCUGAUCUAAAGGCCCCAGAGCUAAAUGUUGAGGCUCCAGGAGUGGAAUUGGAAGCACCAGAUGUCAAUCUGACAGGUCCCGAAGGAAAAUUUAAAAUGCCCAAAUUUAAAAUGCCUAAAUUUGGGGGUUCUGGUCUAAAAAUGGAAGGUCCGGACAUUGACCCCAGUCUUCCCAAAGGAAGUAUUGAUAUAUCAGGUCCAAAUGUAGAUGUUAAGGCUCCUGAUGUAAACAUUGAUGGUAAAUUUAAGGGCCCUAAAUUUGAAAUGCCCUCUAUGAAUUUUAAUUUACCAGACAUAUCAAUGCCUAAUUUUGAUCUAAAUCUGAAAGGUCCCAAAUUGGAUACGGAUGGGAAAGGUCCUAAAGUUGACAUCAAAGGCCCAAAAGUUGACUUUGAGGCCCCAGAUAUAGAUGUGGAUGGUAAACUAAAAGGUCCCAGAUUUAAAAUGCCUAAUGUUGAUCUUAGUCUGAAGGGCCCUAAAGUAGAAGGAGAGGCUCCUGAUUUGGACCUUGAUGGAAAAGUAAAGGGUCCAAAAUUCAAGAUGCCAUCAGUAUCUCUACCUGACUUUGAUUUAAAUGUCAAAGGUCCUAACUGGAAAGGAGAUGCAGAUGUUUCUUUACCCAAGAUAGAAGGAGACAUUAAGACACCUAAUGUUGAACUAAAGGGCCCACAACUUGAUUUAGAGACAUCAGAUAUUGCUUUAGAGUACCCUGAAGGUAAAAUGAAAAUGCCUAAAUUUAAAAUGCCAAAGUUUGGGUUUUCAGGGCCCAAUUUUGAAGGAGUAGAAGGUGAUAUAAAAACACCUAAAGUGGAUAUUGAGGGUCCUGAGGGCAAGGUUAAAGGCCCCAAAUUUAAGAUGCCCUCUUUGGAUAUUAAUAUGUCCAAGAUUUCAAUGCCUAAUGUUGAUCUUAAUGUAAAAGGUCCAAAGCUUAAGACAGGAGGAGACCUAUCCAUGCCAAAUGCAGAAGGAAGCAUUGAGGGCCCAGAAAUUAAGCUUCCACAAGCAGAUGUUGACAUUUCUGGGCCAAAGUUAGAUAUUAAAGCUGGAUUAGAUGCUGAAAUUCCAGGGGGGAAGGUAAAAGGUCAGAAAAUUAAGAUGCCAUCACUGAAUAUGAAUUUGCCACAUGUAUCUAUGCCUGAUAUAGAUCUUGGUUUAAAAGCCCCCAAACUAAAAGGGAGCAUGGACAUACCUGAGGGAAAUCUGGAGGCUGAUAUAAAGGCUCCAAAAGCUGAUAUUAAAGGUCCUGAUUUUGAUGUACACAGCCCAUCUCUAUCUGCAGAACUACCUGAAGGCAAAGUUAAAGGUCACAAAUUUAAAAUGCCAUCAUGGGGAUUUUCAAAGCCAAGUGUAUCUAUGCCAGAGCUAGAUAUUAAUGUGAAAGGUGGUAAGGUUAAAGGUGACAUUGAUGCAUCAAAGGGUGGUAGUCUUAAAGGCCCAGAGUUAGGCAUAGGUUUGCCAGAAGCAGACAUUGACAUACCAGAAACAAAAACUAAAAAAUCCAAAUUUAGGCUGCCCAAAUUUAAUUUCUCAGGUCCCAAGGUACACACACCCAGUGCCGAAGUAAAAGCUCCAAAAGCAAAUAUUGAAGUCAGUGGUCCUGAUGUAGAAAUGCCAAAUCUGGAGGCAAAAGGUAAAAGUCAUAAAUUCAAAAUGCCUUCAUUAAACAUAACAAGUCCCAAAGUGUCAAUGCCAGAUGUUGAAUUAAAUGUGAAAGGACCAAAAUUAAAAGGAGAUGUGGAUUUGUCUGUUCCAAAGGUUGAAGGUGAAUUACAUGGUACCAAGCUUGAUAUUAAAACACCUGACAUAGACCUGGAGACACCAGAUGUUUCUUUAGAUGGUCCAGAAGGCAAAGGAAAGCUUAAAAUGCCCAAAUUUAGUAUGCCUAAAUUUGGAUUUUCUGUCCCCAAACCAGAUGCUCCAGAUAUUGAUCUAAAAUUUAAAAAACCGGAAGUUAAAAUACCUACUGCAGAUGUAAAUAUUGAAACUCCAGAUAUGGAUAUUGAAGGACCAGAAGGAAAACUCAAGGGUUCCAAAAUGAAGAUGCCUUCUAUAAAUAUCAACCUACCAAAUAUGUCUUUGCCAGAUGUUGACCUAAAUCUUAAAGGUCCUAAGCUUGAAGGAGACUUAAAAGAUCCCAACUUAGACCUAAAACACCCAGAAGUUAAUGUAGAUAUUGAUGGUAAAGUAAAAGGACCCAAGUUUAAGCUACCUUCAUUACAUAUGGGAGAAAUGUCAAUGCCCGAUAUUGACCUUAAUUUGAAAGGUCCUAAGGUAGGAGGUUUCAAAGGCCCUAAAGCUGACAUAAAGGCCCCAAAUCUAGAUGUUGAGGUUCCAGGAGUAGAAUUAGAAGCACCAGAUAUUAAUUUGAAAGGCCCGGAAGGAAAAAUUAAAAUGCCCAAAUUUAAAAUGCCCAAAUUUGGUUCUGGUCCAAAACUGGAGGGUCCAGAUUAUGAUGUUAGCCUUCCCAAAGGAAGUAUUGAUAUAUCUGGUCCAGAUGUAGAUAUUCAGGCUCCUGAUUUAGACAUUGAGGGACCAGAAGGCAAAUUGAAAGGCCCCAAAUUCCAAAUGCCCUCAAUGAAUAUUGGUUUACCAAAGGUAACAAUGCCUGAUUUUGAUCUAAAUCUGAAAGGUCCAAAGUUAGAAGGAGAUUUGAAAGGUCCCGAAGUAAACAUCAAAGGCCCAAAAAUUGACCUCGAGGCUCCAGAUGUAGAUAUUGAUGGUAAAGUUAAAGGUUCCAAGUUCAAGUUACCUUCAAUGCCAAAAAUGUCAAUGCCUGAUUUUGACUUAAAUAUGAAAGGUCCUAAAAUAGAAGGAGAUUUAAAAGGUCCCAAAGUUGACAUCAAAGGCCCAAAAGUUGACAUUGAGGCCCCAGAUGUAGAUAUUGAUGGAAAAGUUAAAGGUUCCAAGUUCAAGUUACCUUCAAUGCCAAAAAUGUCAAUGCCUGAUUUUGACUUAAAUUUGAAAGGUCCUAAAAUAGAAGGAGAUUUGAAAGGUCCCAAAGGUAACAUCAAAGGCCCAGAAGUUGACAUUGAAGCUCCAGAUGUAGAUAUUGAUGGUAAAGUAAAAGGACCCAAGUUUAAGCUACCUUCAUUACAUAUGGGAGAAAUGUCAAUGCCCGAUAUUGACCUUAAUUUGAAAGGUCCUAAGGUAGGAGGUUUCAAAGGCCCUAAAGCUGAAAUAAAGGCCCCAAAUCUAGAUGUUGAGGUUCCAGGAGUGGAAAUAGAUGCCCCAGAUGUCAAUCUGAAAGGCCCCGAAGGAAAAUUUAAAAUGCCCAAAUUUAAAAUGCCUACAUUUGGUGGUUCUGGUAUAAAAAUGGAAGGUCCACACAUUGACACCAAUCUUCCCAAAGGAAGUAUUGAUAUAUCAGGUCCAGAUGUAGAUAUUCAGGCUCCUGAUGUAGACAUUGAGGGACCAGAGGGCAAAUUAAAAGGCCCCAAAUUCCAAAUGCCCUCAAUGAAUAUUGGUUUACCAAAGGUAACAAUGCCUGAUUUUGAUCUAAAUCUGAAAGGUCCAAAGUUAGAAGGAGAUUUGAAAGGUCCCGAAGUAAACAUCAAAGGCCCAAAAGUUGACCUUGAGGCUCCAGAUGUAGAUAUUGAUGGUAAAGUUAAAGGUUCCAAGUUCAAGUUACCGUCAAUGCCAAAAAUGUCAAUGCCUGAUUUUGACUUAAAUUUGAAAGGUCCUAAAAUAGAAGGAGAUUUGAAAGGUCCCAAAGGUAACAUUAAAGGCCCAGAAGUUGACAUUGAAGCUCCAGAUGUAGAUAUUGAUGGUAAAGUAAAAGGAUCCAAGUUUAAGCUACCUUCAUUACAUAUGGGAGAAAUGUCAAUGCCCGAUAUUGACCUUAAUUUGAAAGGUCCUAAGGUAGGAGGUUUCAAAGGCCCUAAAGCUGACAUAAAGGCCCCAAAUCUAGAUGUUGAGGUUCCAGGAGUGGAAAUAGAUGCCCCAGAUGUCAGCCUGAAAGGCCCUGAAGGAAAAUUUAAAAUGCCCAAAUUUAAAAUGCCUACAUUUGGUGGUUCUGGUAUAAAAAUGGAAGGUCCAGACAUUGACGCCAAUCUUCCCAAAGGAAGUAUUGAUAUAUCAGGUCCAGAUGUAGAUAUUCAGGCUCCUGAUGUAGACAUUGAGGGACCAGAGGGCAAAUUGAAAGGCCCCAAAUUCCAAAUGCCCUCAAUGAAUAUUGGUUUACCAAAGGUAACAAUGCCUGAUUUUGAUCUAAAUCUGAAAGGUCCAAAGUUAGAAGGAGAUUUGAAAGGUCCCGAAGUAAACAUCAAAGGCCCAAAAGUUGACCUUGAGGCUCCAGAUGUAGAUAUUGAUGGUAAAGUUAAAGGUUCCAAGUUCAAGUUACCGUCAAUGCCAAAAAUGUCAAUGCCUGAUUUUGACUUAAAUUUGAAAGGUCCUAAAAUAGAAGGAGAUUUGAAAGGUCCCAAAGGUAACAUCAAAGGCCCAGAAGUUGACAUUGAAGCUCCAGAUGUAGAUAUUGAUGGUAAAGUAAAAGGAUCCAAGUUUAAGCUACCUUCAUUACAUAUGGGAGAAAUGUCAAUGCCCGAUAUUGACCUUAAUUUGAAAGGUCCUAAGGUAGGAGGUUUCAAAGGCCCUAAAGCUGACAUAAAGGCCCCAAAUCUAGAUGUUGAGGUUCCAGGAGUGGAAAUAGAUGCCCCAGAUGUCAACCUGAAAGGCCCUGAAGGAAAAUUUAAAAUGCCCAAAUUUAAAAUGCCUACAUUUGGUGGUUCUGGUAUAAAAAUGGAAGGUCCAGACAUUGACGCCAAUCUUCCCAAAGGAAGUAUUGAUAUAUCAGGUCCAGAUGUAGAUAUUCAGGCUCCUGAUGUAGACAUUGAGGGACCAGAGGGCAAAUUGAAAGGCCCCAAAUUCCAAAUGCCCUCAAUGAAUAUUGGUUUGCCAAAGGUAACAAUGCCUGAUUUUGAUCUAAAUCUGAAAGGUCCAAAGUUAGAAGGAGAUUUGAAAGGUCCCGAAGUAAACAUCAAAGGCCCAAAAGUUGACCUUGAGGCUCCAGAUGUAGAUAUUGAUGGUAAAGUUAAAGGUUCCAAAUUCAAGUUACCUUCAAUGCCAAAAAUGUCAAUGCCUGAUUUUGACUUAAGUUUGAAAGGUCCUAAAAUUGAAGGAGAUUUGAAAGGUCCCAAAGGUAACAUUAAAGGCCCAGAAGUUGACCUUGAAGCUCCAGAUGUAGAUAUUGAUGGUAAAGUAAAAGGACCCAAGUUUAAGCUACCUUCAUUACAUAUGGGAGAAAUGUCAAUGCCCGAUAUUGACCUUAAUUUGAAAGGUCCUAAGGUAGGAGGUUUCAAAGGCCCUAAAGCUGACAUAAAGGCCCCAGAUCUAGAUAUUGAGGUUCCAGGAGUUGAAAUAGAUGCACCAGAUGUCAAUCUCAAAGGCCCCGAAGGAAAAUUUAAAAUGCCCAAAUUUAAAAUGCCUACAUUUGGUAUUUCUGAUCCAAAAAUGGAAGGUCCAGAUAUUGAUGCUAGUCUUCCCAAAGGAAGUAUUGAUAUAUCAGGUCCAAAUGUAAAUAUUGCAGAUCCUGAGGGUAGACUAAAAGGCUUUAAAGUUAGCAUACCAUCAACGGAUGUCCAUUUGCCAAAAGUGUCAAUGCCAGAUAUAAAUGUGAAAACCCCCAAAAUUAAAGGAGAGGCAGAUCUUUCCACUUCAAAAUUGGAAGGGGAUUUGCGUUUGAAGGCUCCACACUUCAAAGGAGACAUCCGUGCCCCCAAAUUAGAGGGUAAACUUGAAGGCCCAGGAAUUGAUUUGUCAACAGGUGGUGUUAGUGUGGAAUCUCCAGACCUUACAGUAAAAACUCCUACCUUAGAUAUUGAAGGCCCUGAAGGUAAUUUAAAACUACCCAAGGUGAAGAAACCAAAGUUUGGCUUUGGCAUUAAGUCACCUAAAGCAGAUAUGAAAUCACCUUCUGUAGAUGUUAACGCUCCUGAUGUAGAAUUUGAUUCUGAAAUGCCUGAGUUAGGUGUUGGGGGCAAAGGAAAGAAGGGGAAAUUUAAAAUGCCCAAAAUUCAUAUGAGUGGUCCAAAAAUAAAAGGCAAAAAAGGGGGUUUUGAUGUAAGUGCACCUGAAGUAGACAGUGACAUAAAUCUCAAUGCUCCAGAUGCAGACUUAAAUGUUGCAGGUGGGGAUGCAGCAAUUUCCACAAAUAUUGGUAUAAAAGCGCCUAAAACAAGAAAGCCACUCUUUGGCAAAAUGAAUUUCCCUGAUGUUGAGUUUGAUCUCAAAUCUCCAAAGCUAAAAGGAGAAACUUCACUGCAGAGCCCUAGUGCAGAACUAAAGACUCCGGAUUUAGACAUCAGUGGUGGAUUUAAGACACCUGAAGCUGAGUUAACAUCUUCUAGGGCUAGUAUUGAAGGCCCUGAUGUAAAGGUCAAGAAGCCAAAAUUCAAAUUUCCUAAUUUUAGUAUGUCAAGUCCAAAAGUUGAAGCAACAGCUCCUGAUACUGGUGUUUCACUUCCUAAAGUAGAAGCUGGUCUGUCUGGCCCCAAAAUUGCCACAGAUAUAAAAGUUCCUAGUGUAGAUGUGACCCAUGGUACAAUUAAUAUUAGCAGUGAAGUACCUGCUCUUGCAGCUGAGACAUCUGUACCAGGGAUAGAUGGUAAUUUGAAAGGACCAAAAAUCAAAAGUGAUAUGCUUACUUCAGGCAGUAUGCAGUUUCAAGCUCCUAAAGUAGGAAUCCCAGGGUCAGGAGGGAAAAUUAAAUUGCCAACAGUUGAUAUAUCUUCCCCAAAAGCCUCUGAUUCAGAGUUUGAUAUUAAUUUAAAAGGACCAAAGAUUGAAGGUAAUUUGGACAUUUCUGGUGGAGUGAAGCCAAGCAUACGCACUGCGUUGCCAUCUAUUGGUACAAAAAGUUUAGAUACUAACAUUACAGUACCUUCUUUAGAUUUAUCUGGUUCACACCUGCAAGGGCAUAAGUUACCGAAGGGGGAAAUUUCUCUCUCUGGGCCAGAUGUUGGUCAUGCUAAUGUUUCUGGCAAAAUUGAAAAUUCAGACUUGAGUAUAAAAGGGCCUUCUUUUCAGUCAUCAGCUGCAGUUAAAGGUUCAGCUCCAGGCAUCAACAUUUCUUUGAAAGAUUCCAAGAUAAAGGAAGGCUUUUCAAUUGGACAAAGUAUAAAUCUGGUAGGAGAUAUGCAGGGGUCAGAAGGUUUUGAAGUAGGGCCUAAAAUGAAAGGUGGGAUGACUGGACCCAAAGUAAAAGGAAGUUUGGAUGUUCAAGGAAUAGGUGGAAAUCUAGAAAGUUAUGACCAUAAAAUUACUUUCCCACGACUUUUAAUGCCCAAAUUUACAUCAUCUGGACCAGAUUUGGCAGGAAGAGAGGUGGGAGUUGAUGUAGACUUUCCUUCUGCAGAUGUGCUGGUGAAGAAGUCUGGUGAGACUGGCUUAGAAAUUGAUGAAAGUGAGAUUAAAAUAAAGAAAUCCAAGAUAAAAAUGCCAAAACUGAACUUCAAGUCUAAAGCAAAAGAAGAUGUUAGCCUUUCGAAUGUCUCAGUUUCUGGCUCAAAAGGGGACUUCAAAAGUCCGAAAGCUAGUUUAGGGUCAGCUGAAGGUGGUCUGGUAUCCACAAACUUAGACAUGGAAAAGGCUCCAAAAUAUGAGUUUUCUCUGUUUACAAACAAAAAGGCAAGACAGAGAUCAUCUUCCUUCAGUGAAGAGAAAGAUGAAUCAACACACUCCUCACCAAGUGGUACAUUAGAGGCUGGCAGUUCAUUAUCUGCUGAGGGGGGCAAAAAGAAGGGAAAGCAAUCAAAAAUAAAAUUUGGCACUUUUGGCGGCUUGGGGUCCAAGUCAAAGGGUUCUUAUGAGGUCACAUUAAGUGACGAUGAAAACGUCCAAGGAAGCGGUGCAUCGCUUUCCUCCCGGAAGUCCAGAGUCUCUUCUUCCUCAAGCAAUGACAGUGCAACUAAGACAGGUGUCCACCUGCCAAAGCUAGAACUGACAGUUGCCAAAAAGAAAGAGUGAAUCUUCCCCAUCCCCAAAACUCAGCAUGUAUAUAAUUAUAUAUAUCAGUGUGAUUGUACAUACAUUUUGCAGCCUUUAUAUAAUGCUAACCUUCCUGAGUGAAGAAUAGAGAUAUAAAAGAACGGUGAAAAAAUUUUAAUCAAUAAAUCUUCAGCUGUUUAUUAAAUUCCUUGCACAUUUUAACCCUCUCACCACCUCAUAUACUUCACUUGGAAGCCAGAUGUUGGUCGUGAGAGGUUUACUGAUCUAUUUUCAUAUAACAAUUUGUACAUGGAAAUCUAUUUUUCCAUCUAUUUUUUUAACUUGCUUUUACAGGCUAUAUUUUCUUUCCCAGGGCUUUACAGAUAGUUGCAACCUGUUGUAUUAAAGACACUGUAAAGUGCAUUGAACUAGUUGGAUGACUGAAAUUCAUCACCCUCUCCUAAUACAUAAUAGGAAAUUUCAUUAAAUAUUUUAAUGCAACAGUACCCUGCUUAAUUCAGCAAUCUGUUAGAUCUUCAUUUGUUUUCUAGUACACGGUUUGCAUGAUGGUCAUUUUUUAUGGUUGUUAUGGCCAGAAGUGGUGAGCAUUAUGAUAGCAACAAGGACAUUUUGUAUGCAAAAAUUAGCUGUACUAAACUAAGUUGUAAUGAACAAAGUAAUUCUGGAAAAUGGUAUGCUAUACAAAUAAAUCUAUUUUACUGCUAAA